AUGACCAAUAACGUAUUCGUACAUUUUACAUAUGAAGACUGCAUGUAUGGUAUAUCUGUGAAGGCAUCAGUGGAGGAUGUGACGUUGUCAAUGUUACAAGAAAAGAUAUAUAAGAAGCUUGGGUUGGAUGAACGUAAGGAAAAACUGAAAUUGAGCUACAUUCCGAUGGUGAUACGUUGCAAGAAAGCUGUAACUAUUGCUGAUGAUGACGAUCUUUAUGUUUACCUCGGAUGUGUCGAUAAAGAGAACCAAAGAUGUCUUUUGGUUGUGGAGAGUAGUGAAAGGUCGGGAGCGAGACCACAAGAUAAACUUUCGAUAGCGGGUAAAAGUUCUGUUGGUAUGAACUACAACGAUUUGCAGCUAUUGGAACAUGAAGUUGGACCUAAUGCCAUUACAUUGUACGUUGGUGAGAACCAGGGGAAUAACGAGGUGAGUGCUAAAGAGACUGGUACUGGUAUGGAGACUGAUACUGGUAUGGAGACUGAUACGGCUGCGGAGACUGAUACGGCUGCGGAGAGUGAUACAGGUAUGGAGAAUGAUACGGCUGCGGAGACUGAUACAGGUAUGGAGAAUGAUACGGCUGCGGAAACUGAUACUGGUAUGGAGAAUGAUACUGCUGCGGAGAAUGAAACGGCUGCGGAGAAUGAAACGGCUGCGGAGAAUGAAACGGCUGCGGAGACUGAUACCGUACAUCCAACCGCCGAUAAGUAUGUUGAAGAGCCACCUGCAAUAGUACGGAGUAGUUGUAUAGAGGAAUGGGGCGAUGGUUUGAGUCUUAAUAAACAUGACGAAUUUCCAAGUAAGAAGGCAAUUCAGGAGAUGGUGGAUAGAGCUGCAUAUUGUGAAUGUUAUCGUUAUGUCACUAAAAAGUCAGAUCGAAAUCGAUUGGUGAUAACAUGUUCGCAAGCUGACUGCAAAUGGGUAAUACGAGCUUCAAGGAUUGCUGGGACAGAAAUUUUCUCAAUAAAAAGCUACACGAAGAUGCAUACAUGCUCGCGGACACAACAAAGUGACAGCAACGACAAGAGAAGAGCGUCAGCAGAAGUAGUGGCAAGUUUUUUGAAUGAGGAAUUCCCAGGAGAUGUGCAAACUCCAACUCCAAAAGAUAUUAAGGCUCUGGUUAAGUCCAAACUUGGUGUCAUGAUAUCCUACUCCACAGCAUUGCGUGGAAAGAAUUUGGCUUCUUGUGAUACACGUGGUAGUCCGGAAGAUAGCUACAGGAUGAUGUAUAGCUAUUUGUUCAUGUUAGAGAAAAUGAACACGGGAACAAAAACUAGUGUGAAAUUGGAUGACUCAGGUAAAUUCAAGUACCUCUUCAUAGCGUUGGGAGCUUGCAUUGAAGGGUUUGCAGUUAUGAGAAAAGUGAUUGUUGUCGAUGCAACAUGGCUGAAGAACGGAUAUGGGGGUGUUCUAAUUUUUGCCAAAGCUCAAGAUCCUAACCGUCAUUGCUAUCCACUUGCGUUUGCUGUACUUGAUGGAGAGAAUCAUGCUAGUUGGACCUGGUUUUUUGAGAUGCUUAGAAGCGUUAUACCAGACUCUUCUGAACUGGUUUUCAUGAGUGAUAGAAAUCCAAGUCUGAUAUUUGCAAUAGCAAACGUGUACCCUCAGGCUCACCAUGGUCAUUGUUUAUGGCAUUUGAAGGAAAAUGUUAAAGGGCAUGCUUCUAACGUCACCAAAGAUGUAGUCGGGCAUAGAUUCAUGGAGUUGGGAAAGAUGUACACAAUGGCUGAUUUCAAUGCUGCUUACGAAAGAUUUAAGCUAAGGUUCCCUUCAGCUUACACGUAUGUGGAGGAGAAAACUGAAAAAGACAAAUGGGCAAGGGUUUUUUUCCCACGUGACAGGUACAACUUGGACACAAGCAACAGCGUGGAAUCAAUGAACAAAGUGUUUAGAGAGGCAAGGAGGUGGGCCUUGAUACCAAUGCUGGAUUGUAUCAUUAGGACAUUCUCUGAUUGGUUUAAUCAACGUCGGAAGGAUGCUGUUUCACAAUCAUUGGGUACCAUGCUAGUGCCUCUGGUUGAGAACUACUUGCACGAUCUAUGGGUUCUUGCGCGAACGCUACCUGUGCGGGAGCUUAAUAGUUAUGAGCUAGAGUACGAGGUCAAGGAUAGUCAUGGGAAGAUGUUUUUGACGAACUUGAUUGCCAAAACUUGUACUUGCAAGGUGUGGGAUUAUGAAAAGAUUCCUUGUCUGCACGGACUGGCUGCUUAUAUCUAUUACACUAAUGAGGUGGAUAAUGGGGGUGGUAGGAGCCGUGAUAUCAACAUAGUAUAUCAUGAGUUGUGCUCAAAAUACUAUUGGACGGAACUGUGGGCAUUGGCGUAUUGCAGGACAAUUUAUGCUGUGCCAGACAUGUCUGUAUGGGAAGUCCCGGAUCACAUCAGGGAGCUGAAGAUCAUACCUCCGGAUCCUAUCAAGCGGAAGGGAAGGAAAAGAGUUAAUAGACUUCCAUCUGGUGGAGAACGCCGUAGGAGGACACAGAACAAAAAGCGGCCUAGGCAAAAUUUUGGUUUCAAUUGGCUGUUAUUUGGAAAUGGUUCAAGCCCUUCAGAGCAGAACACGGCCUAA